CAAAAGUGCAAGCAACGCGAACAGACCUAAUGCAGCACGUGACAAGCUAUACGUUUCGUCAGCUGACGUGCAAGCGACAUUAGAAUAUAUUUUGGGCGAAAACUAUUUUUGCGAGAUUUAAUUUAUUUUCAAGACAAACACAAUGACGCUUCAUUCUGCAGGAAAGGGUAAACUUUUAGCGGUGAUUGGCGACGAGGAUACUUGUGUAGGCUUCUUACUAGGUGGAGUUGGAGAGAUAAAUAAACAUCGUCAGGCUAACUUUAUGGUUGUUGACAAAAAUACAGCAGUAAGUGAAGUAGAGGAUACUUUUAAGCGAUUUAUCAAGCGUGAUGACAUUGACAUCAUUCUUAUUAACCAGAAUGUAGCUGAAAUGAUUCGUCACGUAAUUGAUAGUCAUACUCAACCGAUACCCGCUGUAUUGGAAAUUCCAAGUAAAGAUCAUCCAUAUGAUGCCAGCAAAGAUUCUAUCUUGAGACGUGCUAAAGGAAUGUUCAAUCCAGAAGACAUUCAUUAAUAUAUGUAUGAUUAACAAGAUGAUAUGAUUAACAUGAUAUGUUAAUAAGAUUGCAUCAAAUGUGUAUAAUAGGAAUGGAAUUAUAUGUUCGGAAUUAUGUGUUUCAGUAUCUA